AUGCAGUUCUCAGCCAUUGACUUUACGGGAAAUGUGUCUUCUGGCAAUCUCUUGACCGCCAAAGACAAAACGAGAAGAGCAAUAAGCCAAGAAACAGUCAAGGCCGAUUUCCAUCGUCCUUCCAUGCAUUCCGGUAGUGCAUCCACCUAUCGGACGGCUUCCUUUUCCAGUGGCGGGAGUGGAAGCAGUGGUAAUACUAGCGGUGGCGUGGUGGUAGGGAAUGAAGAAUUUCAUCGAUUGUUAAACGAUCGAGAUUCCCAAUUGAAACGGGAAAUGGAUCGCCGAGCACGUGAUCAUCAAGAGGAAAUUCGGUUGCUCAAAGAAGAGAUUUCCUUGUUGAGAAAUCAAGCACCUGCACCCAUCACAGUACCCGCCGAUAUUGGAAUAACAAGGGGAAACACCAAGCAUAACAGCCAUCAUCAUGCUCAUAAUAGUAAUAAUGGCCACCAUGCAAAUGCAGACAAUAACAAUCAAAGCCGGAGGUCCUUUGAUAGUAGUGGUUCCGAUGGAAUGAUGAGCUCUGGACCAUUGAACGAUGUUAUUCCAAAUAAGCCAGGCUUGUAUCGAGGCAUAUCCGGGGUGACAGAAGCGAGCAACGUGGGUGCUUCGUAUCAUCCGCAGGGGAGGAAAAUUCAGUUUGCGGAUCAUUUGCACCCGGUAAUCUAUGAACAAAACAAUAACAGCCACAACAACAGCGAUAUGGAAAAGGGUAGUCUAACGAUGAGGUCGAAUGAUAAUGGCGCCGCCGAUGAUGAUGAUGAUGAAGAAGAAGGUGUGGAUUUGAAUCUCUUGCCCGAAGACACCUUUAGUUAUUUGGCAUUCUCCAAGUGGCGUUCCACAUCCAUGUUUACUGCCCUUGCGGUGGUGGCCAUCCAAGUCACUACUCUGUCGGUGUUGGCCUUGGACUUUGCAUCCAUUAAAUACCCUGGCAAUCGAUUAGGAGUACCCGUCAGUGUGAAUUCGCGAACGGCUACGAUCCAAGUCAUUGCGCUCUUUAUCAUUGUGAUCAGUCAGGGCGAUUUGCAGGAUUCCCUAAACCUGUUGUUCAUGGGGUACGACAAGGAAGAACUGGAAAAGAACUUGAAUGCUAAAGUGACGUACCGGCGAUGGUUGAUAUCACUCUGUACACGGCUAUUGGUUACUAUUUUGGGUUUGUGCAUCACAUUUGUCAUGAUUGUGCGAGAGUCCGAUGUGACUCAGCUACUUUUGGACUUUACAUCGAUUGAGUUCGUUACAAACAUUGACAAUAUCUUCUUUUGGUUGACUGCAUGGGGCUACCUUGGAUUGAGUGCCCAACGUGACGCCACGGCUGUGAUUCAAGCCAAGGCCCCCGUAUUGGUGCAAGAAGAAGUGGAGGACGGCAAGAAGCCCUCUGCCGAAGCACCAGUCCGAGACUCGGUAGAGUUGAAACGAGUAACACGCAACCGACAACGUAAACGCAUCAAGCAGUUGCAUGUGAAGAAAAAGUCCAAAAAGAUGAUAAACCCCCAUGCGGCACUGGAAGGAGGGUUGGACCUGGAAACAGAUCGAGAUUUUGACAUCCAUUCCAUCCACUCCUUUGCAACCUUUGCGUCGAUGCGCGAAGAACUCAAGUUUGGAGAAGAACACCGCUGCAUGUGCUACAGUCGUUUUCCUCGAUUCGCGUUCCUAGCUGCCAUUUACGUGACCAUGCUGUCUGGAUGGGCCAUAAAUUAUUAUUGGCAGCGAACGGGCACCUUUGUUUGCGAUACAGUCUUCGUGCAAUUUAAUGACAUUUAUCAUCCUGGAUUAGCCACCUUCAGUGGCCUCUUUGAAAAGAAAUGUGGAGAAAACGGCUACUGCAAACGUGCGGCCUAUGUGGAAGUUGGACAUGGCAACUAUUCUUCUACUGCUUCGUUCAUCUUUUGCGAUGCGCUUUCGACGUGGGUCUUUGCGUUUGAUGAAGGGGGUCGAUUCAACUGUCAAAACUGGCUGAUUCAAUCGCCAAAUCAAAACAUUCUUUCGGAAGCUUCGUAUAACAUUUUGGAAUCUGUCAAGGGUAACGAGCCGUGGACGAUCAAAUUGGGAGAUAGAAGAGAAUUGCCAAUGCCGGAGUUCACCCUUACGUGUUAUGAUUGCAUGUACGAUGAUAGCUUCUGUGGCAGAGGAACUUGUGUGAAUAACCGAUGCAUUUGCGACGAGGGCUGGUAUGGUUACCGCUGUGAUUACUUCAUGCCUUGCGGCGCCCUUGAGGUCAACCCCCUGCAUAAUCUUGGAGGAUCCCGAACUUGGGCAGGUCAAUACAAGCUACUAAUGGCACCCGUCGAAGGAAAUGAAACUGAUGCGCCGCCCAAACUCCUAACGAAGUACAAUCGACCUACCUACAUCGGCGGUGGUAUCAAAAAUGGCGUUGCAGUGCCUGUAGAAAUCAUUUUUUACAAUGGAAGGCGGUGGGUCAAUGUUGUACGAGACGCUCUUGUCACUGAAGAACAGGUACAGCAUUUCUUGGUCGACUCGCAUGGCUAUUGGUCCGAUUACAGAGUAUCCUUCAUCACUGGAGCUAUCGACAUCAACACACCCGAAGAUUCCACAGAUCCGUCCCGAAUUGAUUGGCUUGAAGCGAACCCUCCCGAGACCGAUCGUGGAAGAGUUCAAGGACCGAAUCUGCAAAACAACCAAAUCGAUCUGAGACUUCUCUGUUCCAGCUGUAACAACGAAACAAACCCUUGUUUCUACGGCGGCACCUGCAUGGCUGGAGGUAAUUGCGUUUGCGAACAAGGAGAAAAAGACAAGGCGGGUACUCUGUGCCAGAUCCCUCCAAGUGGCAAUGGAUUUUGCGAUGUCACUUUCAACACUCCUCAGUUCAAUUUUGAUGGCGGCGACUGUUGUGAAGGGACGUGCGCGAGUACAGUCGAAAACGAGUGUGGAGUUGUUGAGCGAAGUACCAGUUUGGGCAACACGCUUGCUUACAUUGGAUUCCCAAAUUGUACUGAUCCAGAUGCAGUCAAGCAAAUCUCGGGAUCUCAAACACUAUUCAAUAUCAUGGAACGAGGGCAAGUUAUCUGCGGAACAUACAAGUCUGAUUUCAUGUCUGAUUUCUUUGCAGCGCAGUGUCAAGCAGUUGCGGCAGCAGUUCUUGGUGACAAAGAUGCGUAUUCCAUCGAUCUAUGGGGUAGUGCAGUUGGGAUAAACCGAUUCCUUGCUAUUAACGAUGGAAAAUACGACAUCAUCUUUGGCUCUGACUUUCUUGCGAAUCGUGAUGUUUAUGAGAAAAAAUCGAAAUCGCCCUUUUCAUACGCCGCCAUGCCUUACUAUUUUGCAGGUUUGACUUUUGCUGGCAUUCCUCGAUUUGUCGAAUGUGCUGAUAGCUAUGAUUUCAUCUCUCCGGCAUGUCAAGGUGUCAAGAUUUGCGUCAGCCAACUGACCUCUUGGUACGACGUGGUGGCAAACAUUUUUCCUCCAGAAAACAUCGUUGGAACAGAAGGUAUUGCCUCAUCAGUGCCCGCUCUCGGGAAUGGACUCUGCAACGUGUUUGGAGCAACAAGAUUUGAAGUUCUGGAAGAAAAUGUUGUGCGCCUGGGAUAUGACUUGAGUGUCGGAUUUGCUGUUGGCGAGCGCAUGCACUCGAAGAGUUUCGAGACGUGGAUGACUCGAUCGGCCGAUCGGCAAUGGACGAAAAUGACUUCGUGGAUCUUUGAAGCACUGGUUCAGGCUGAGGAAUCCGGAAUCACACAAGCAAGUGCAAGUAUUAUGGAGUCAACGAUUGUAUUCAAUGAUCCAAAAUACAGCUUUGACGAUAUGUUUCGAAAUGCCGUGGCGGCAAAUGGCAAUUUUGGUGAGCUGUGGGACAAAUCCAUGCCCUUCUCCAGGCCUGCAAUGAACACUGUAUGCGACGGAACUAGUGGCCUGAUUGUGGCGAUGGAUUUCGGUGCAUUUGGAGACCUCGGUGACCGACCAAGCCAAGGAGGACAGAUCGAGCGAAUCAUUCAACGGGGUGCUUUGGUAUGCUCCGUUUCCCCUGCAACUGGCUUUGCCGAAUUCAAUGAACAAACAAACAGUUGGACAGGACUGGAGGUAGAUAUUUGCCGAGCGAUUGCUGCCGCCAUUUUCAACGGUCAGCCGAAGGUUGAUUUCGUUACUGGGACUACUAGUGAGGUCUUUACUGCAGUGAAGGGCGGCAAUAUUGAUCUUGCCGCCGGCAAGACUCGUACAUUGGAACGAGAGAUCAAACACUCCAGUAGUGGAGGCUUCGCAUUCGACUUUUCACCACCAUACUUUUAUGACGGGAUGAUCUUUGCUGGUUACGAGCCAUUUGGCCGAUGUGCCGCAAACCUGAUUUUCGAUGGAACCUGUGAAGAUACUCUCAUUUGUGUUUCUGAAAUCACAACGUGGUAUGAUGCACUUGUUGCACUUGGAGUCCCCGACAAGAAUAUCCUUAUGACCGAGUCGAACGCGGAAGGACUUCAGAAGCACCUGGCGAGCGAGUGCAACGCGUUGGUAUACGAAUCCAACAAGUUGAAUCGAACAUUGAUGGAAAUGGAUGAGUAUUUUGUCGGAACAAAAAGAUACACUAAAGAACCCCUUAGUAUGAUGCAUCGGUCUGAUGAUCAGCAGUUCUCAGAUUUGAUUCGAUGGAUCAUUUAUGGCUUGUUCAAUGCUGAAGAGAGAGGAAUCACUUCCGAAACAUCCAUUCGGAUGCCCACCACAAACUUGUUUGGAAGCGAGCUCACUGGAAUGUGGCAGAACUCCGUUCGAGAAAGCGGAAGCUAUGGCGAUAUAUUUUCUCGCAACUUGGAUGGACUCGUCGCUCGUGAGGGUUUGAACUUGCUAAACAGGUUGGAUGGACCUCAGCUUUGUGCCUCUCCUGGGACAGCCCCCUUCUUGUGA